CCUUCCUCCAUAUCAACACACACGCGCCCAAGCAACAAACACAGUCAAGAUGCUUUCGCUCGUCCUGUCUGCCGAACUCAGCGGCGUCACCGACCUCCGUCCCAAGGACACUGAGGAAGAGCCCUACUACUACACCUUCAAAGUGCAAUGCACCUCUUGCCGUGAAACCCACCCCAACUGGGUCAGCUUCAACCGCUUCGAACAGCAUGAAAUCCCCGGUAGUAGGGGUGAGGCGAACUUUGUCUGGAAAUGCAAGCUGUGUCAGAAAACCCACUCUGCCUCUAUUACUGCCGGCCCCAAUGUCUAUGAGGCGGAUGAGAAGCGCACUGCGAAGAAGGUGAUCGAGAUCGACUGCAGAGGAUUGGAGUUUACGGAAUUUAAGGCUGAUGGUGAGUGGGAAGCAAAGGGAGCCGAGUCUUCUACUCCUUUCACCGGCAUUGAUUUGUCGGAGGAAGAGUGGUAUGACUACGAUGAGAAGGCUGGAGAUGAGGUUUCGAUUAAGGAGAUCAAUUUCCAGUUCAACCCUGUCAACCCCCGGCCUUUCCUCCAGGCUAGAGUCGGUACCGAGGUCAUCAUCCGUCUCAAGUGGGGUCAAACGGAAUACAAGGGCAAGCUUGAGAGCAUUGAUUCGUACAUGAACGUGCUGCUCCGUGAUACGGAAGAGUUCCUUGAUGGAAAGAACACGGGAACAUUGGGUCUGGUGCUGAUUAGGUGUAACAACAUCCUCUGGAUGGGCUCAGCGGACAGCGUGGAAAUGACGGACCUGGGACUACGAUAGACGAAAUCGGGCGCUAUACCAGGCAAAUGAAGACACAUAUACCAAUAACUCUUCCCGAUAAGAUACGCGCACAUUGGAAAGGUGCUCAGAAAGAGGCAUAUUGACGGAUUUUCAUGUACGGGUUUUUAAGCAAGCUCCGUCCUCUACUUUUCUUUAUUUCUGGACCAGGCGUUUUUUACAUGAUGGCUUUCGAGGAUUGAUUCGGGGAAAUGCAGUCUGAAUUG